AGAGCGUCCUCGGUGUGAAUAUUCCGUCAGUUCAACGUGGUCGACCUGUGCGCCAUCGAUGUCGUAGACUACCGUGACGCACUAACUCACAAGUAGGUGCUUACCCCUAUGCAACUUCGAAGCUGUCGCCUCUCGAUAAGUUCUACCCAGACACGAAGCAAAAUCGUACACUCUUACGUGGAAUUCGAGAAUAGUACCUCGCCCUCUCCGCCAGGUGUGCAACAACCGGUGUUCGCCCAGAUAGCCGUAGAUCGUGGUAUCCCAAUAACGGUGAAUACGGCACGAGAAGCAGAGGAAGAUACAGAGAAAAUCGUGAAGGAGAUCGUACCCAAGGGGCCACGACUAUCUACCCUCGUACACGUUCACUGCUUCACCGAUCUUGCUGCCUUCCAAACCUCAACACCGCCAAGCUCUUCAAGCAGAUCGCAGCUACAGAUAACAAACGGAUUCUGCUGGAGACUGGCGCGUCCGGCAGACGUGUAUAGCGCUCUUGAGCUCAAACAGUCAAGGUCGCCGUUGUCGCAUUCACUAAUGAAGGCAGAGUCUGUUGCAGGGAUUAGGGACGACAGGCGGGAUGCGGAGCAGAUGCUGGGCAUGGCGAGAAAGGGUAUAUGGUAUUUGGAGGCUGCUUAGCGGGAGAUAAGGGUGGAGGGCACAAGCGGUGACCUGACCUCAGACUCUGAGAUGGUUGCAGCAACCCGUUUGGAUUCCGGAAGGACGUCGCCUUCUCAUGCCAUACUUCUUUCGCUUCAUGGUACCGGCUGGGCCAUUCUUGAAGCGUCUGAACUUUUACUGGCACACUAUUUGAUUGUAAAGACUGGAUAGUCGCUUCGAGUGCGUUUAAUCCUAUUCGUGUUGGCC